AUGGGUCUAUCAGCAUUUGAAGACAGUUCAUCUUCACAUUCUUAUUGUUCUCAAUCAUUAAAUCAAUCAUUAACAAAACGUUUAAUUGAAUUAUCAAAUAUUCCAUCAAAAUCUUCUUCACGUUUUGCACAUACACCUGAUUGGGCUGAUGGUCUUGAUAUCUGGUCACCAGCACAAAAUGCUUCCACAAAAACUGAUUUAACACGGCGAAAUUUAGAUUUUCAUCAUGAUAUUGGAAUUUAUUUACCUCGUUAUGAAAAACCAAAAUCUGCACCUAUCUUUUUAAAAAAUCUUCAAAUCAAUCCAAAAAUAUCAAAAAAUAAUCUUCCACCUGAAAGAAUUCGACAUUUAUUAAGAAAAGAAAAAGAUCUUCUAUCAGAAAAUGAUUGGUCAGAUCAACCAAUAGUUAUUGAUAUUCCAUCUCAAGUUCCCGCAAAUACUUUUCGUUCAUCUACUUCUCUUGAUUUAACAUCAACAACAGCUGAUUAUCGUCUUCCACUUCGUCAUGUAACAAAUAAAUCUUCAACACCUGAUCAACAAGUAAAUCAAGAUGCAUUAAAAAGUUUAUUAGAAGAACAUUUAACAUCAUUAUUAACACGUGGUGCAUCAACAAUAAAUGCAAAUCGAACAAUAAUAAAUGUUCCAUCAAAUGAUGAACGUCAUGGAAAACGUGAUGAAUUUAUUCCAUCACCAUUAUCAACAAUAUCAACACAACAAAUUAAAAUUAAUCAAACAUCACAUUUUAUUGUACAACAAAAAUCACCACUUGGAUUAACUGUAACACCUGUUGAGUCAUCACCACAAAAAAAUUUUCAAAGUAUUUCAUUAGAAAAAUUAGCUCAACAGAGAAGUUUUCAUCAAGAUAAUGAAAUAUCAUCUGCGACUAGUAGUAAUCGACCUUCUACUGAACCAGUUUCAUUUCCACCACCACCACCAACUCAUCGUUAUUUACAACAACAGAAAGUUGUUUUGAAAAGAAAUUUAGAUACAUCAAAUACUUCUUCAACCGGUGAUUUAUCAAUUACAAAUGAAAAUUCUUCAAAUAAAUUAUUUGAACAAUCACAAAUUGUACAAAAUAUUCGAAAAGGUGGUCAUACACAUCAUCAUCAUCAUUCAUCAUCGUCAAAAACAAAAUUUAAUAGAACAAAUAAUAAUUCACCUAAAACAACAACUAUUGAAAUCUUACCACCAAUUGUAUCGGGAAAACGUGUUCAUAUUUCACUUGCUAAUCAUCGAUAUUUAUAA